UGAGUUUCUUUUUUUUGAUCUAUCAGAAAAAAUGCUACACGAACAUGUUAAAAACACACAAAAUAAGCACUAUUUUCAUCGGAAGGUCUUUAAAUCUAAGUUCUGAGUAUUGUUAGAUCUUACUUCAAAGGUUAAUUUAGUCUCAUAAUCAAAUUAAAGUAGAAACCAGACAAAAAUACUUGGUGUGAUUUUUUUUUUUCAGGUUAUAUUUUUGCUCUUGUUUUCGUUUCAUUUUUAGCCUCCGACCGCCUCACGUCUCCCUGGACUUGGUGUUUUUCUGAGCUUGUGGUCCGUUCAGACCGCCCGUUGUCUGGGCUGUCAUUGUCCGGCGCUGCUUGUCAGCUGUGUUUUCCACUCUGCUUGUCAUUGUUUCUCCCCGUCUGUUAAUUAUUUUUGUGCUGGUACUUUGCCUCCUCCUGAUAUAGUGUUUCCUGCUUUUGUCUGUUUUUUUUUCCACAGGCUGGCCGUCUCUGGACCCGUGCCAGUCGCUCCCUCCUACCUUCAAACCCAGCGCUCACAUCUACGCCUGCAAUCUUUUCUCCCUCCGAUCUCCCUUCCUCCUCUUGACACUUGAGAGAAAACACCAGAGCUGGUGAUACGGGGAGCUGCCGCUGUUUGUGCACGAGGGAGGGAGUCAGGGGUUAAUCUCACUCUUUCUCUCCCUCCCUCUUUUGUUGCGGCCCCUCACUUUCUCAACACUCGGACAGAAGGAACUGAUACUGCGCCAGUGUGUAGUUGGCUCUUGAUCUUUGUGGAUUGAACAUGACUGAUGGGAUUGUGUAACCGACGCCUUCUGCCAACAACAAGAGCUGAUGGAGUCAGGCCCUGUGGGAGCUGCGUAAAAACAGACGGGACACCGUUCUUCAAACAGUGACAGACACAAGAGGAAGAUUGUCUCCCAGAGUCAUCACUUGUGUCGCCAUCAGUUUCUGAAGGCAGAUUCCUCUUUGGCAGUGCUGCAGACCUUGUCGGCUUUGCUUCUCAUGGACCUCAGGGUGGGAGAGCGGGGGAUGCGCCCUGGUUCCGACACGGCGCUUCUCACCCGGCUGCACCCACCGUUACUCCUGACGACCUCGUUCUCCCAACACCAGCUGCACCAGCAGAUCCGGUUUAAUAUGGAGCAGAGGAGGCAGGAACAAGAGCGCCACGAGAAGCAGCAGGAGCUGCAGCAGCUGAGACACAAAGAUAAAAGCCAGCAAAGUGCAGUGGCGAGUUCCCUGGUGAAGCAGAAACUCCAGGAAGUGAUCCUCAAGAAGCAGAAACAGGCGGCUCUGGAACGGACGAACCCCGCACAUCCUGUCCCGUACAGGAAACUGGGCCCAGACCCCAGCGCAUCCACCCAGCCUCUGGUCUCACCCCCCUCACAGUCUUCACCUGAGAGCUCCGAGGGAACGCCGCUGCGCCGGGCAGCGUCUGAGCCCAACCUGAAGGUGAAGAACAAGCUGAAGAAACACCUGAACACCCGCAAGAGCCCGCUCACCCGCAAAGAGAGCGCCCCGCCCACCGUCAAGCACCGCGCACCAGACACGCUGGACUCCUCCCCCAGCAGCAGCAGCACGCCGGUGUCUGGCUGCAGCUCCCCCAACGACAGUCUGCCGUGCGAGAACGGACUGCUGCCCUCUGCAGGCGGCCUGUCCCACGAGGCUCACAAGAUCUUGCUGAGAGACGGCUCGCUGUCCAGCUUCACCAUCCAGAGUCCUUCCACGCUUCCCACCAUCACGCUGGGGCUGCCGGCCAACUCCAGGGCUGAAGGGGAGGUGUCGCCUCUGAAGGUCAGCCGGGUUCCCAUGGUUACCGCCGGGGUGUCGCCCGUCUUCCUCCCCAUCAGCAGAGAGGACCAGGGCGGGCAAAUGGGUCCUCACCUGCCCGUCAUCAUCCUGGAGCCCUCUGGACUGGUCCAUCCUCCACUCCUCACGGUUCCCUCCUUGGACUCAGUUCCCAUCCAGUUUGCACACCAGUUAGAACACCUGUCUCCAGGAGGCGUCCAGCCUCACAAGCCCCUGAGCCGGACCCGCUCAGAACCGCUUCCUCAGACCCUCCACACACAUCUGCUGCAGCAGCAGCACAACACGCAGCUGCUGGAGAGGCUCAAACAGCAGACUCACCUGGGAAAGCUGAUGUCCAAGUCCAGUGAGAAGCCCAGGCUGCACCAAAUCCCCUCAGAGGACAUGGACUCAGAAGACGGGGGCGGGACGUCCCCCAGUGAGCCGGCAUAUCACAACCGAGUGAGGGCGGGGUCACUGAGGGAGGCGGAGACGACGUCGUCCAAGAGCCACGAGGAGCAGCUGCAGCACGCGCUCAUACUCAACCAGUCGUUGCUAUGGGAACAGCAGAAGCAGCUGCAGCAGCUGCACCGGCAGAUGAAGACCCUGACCGUACCCGUGUUACAAGGCAGCAGUGGCGGCGGGGUCCACCGCCCCCUGUCACGGACGCAGUCCUCGCCGGCGUCCACCUCCCUCACUCUGCCGGAGAAACCGCUGAGCAUGACAGCGGCGGAGACCAGCAGCAAGCCGCGCUUCACCACAGGCGAGCGGUUUGUGUUUGCAGGUUUAGUGUAUGACUCUCAGAUGCUGAAACACCAGUGCGCAUGCGGAGACAACAGCAGUCACCCAGAGCAUGCUGGGAGAAUACAGAGCAUCUGGUCCCGACUGCAGGAGAGAGGCUUGAGAGGACAGUGUGAGAGCAUUCGGGGACGUAAAGCCACGCUGGAGGAGCUGCAGUCCGUCCACACCGAACGCCACGUGCUGCUGUACGGCACCAACCCGCUCAACCGGCUCAAACUCGAUAACCGCAAACUGGCCGGAAUCUUUUCUCAACGGAUGUUUACGAUGUUGCCGUGUGGAGGAGUGGGGGUGGACAAUGACACCAUCUGGAACGAGUCGCACACCUCCACAGCGUCACGCAUGGCGGCGGGCAGCGUGGUGGAGCUGGCCUUCAGGGUCGCCAAAGGAGAACUGAAGAACGGCUUUGCUGUGGUCAGACCGCCGGGUCAUCACGCCGACCCCUCCAAUCCAAUGGGUUUUUGUUACUUCAAUUCUGUGGCCAUCGCAGCCAAGCAGCUGCAGCACAAGCUCAGCGUCAGCAAGAUCCUCAUAGUGGACUGGGAUGUUCACCAUGGCAACGGUACUCAGGAAGUAUUUUACAACGACCCCAGCGUCCUCUACAUCUCGCUCCAUCGCUAUGACGACGGGAACUUCUUCCCCGGCAGCGGCUCUCCGGCUGAGGUGGGCUCUGGAGCCGGAAAGGGGUUCAACGUGAACGUGGCCUGGACCGGAGGCCUGGACCCCCCCAUGGGCGAUGCAGAGUACCUCGCUGCAUUCAGGUCUGUGGUGAUGCCCAUCGCCCAGGAGUUCUCCCCAGAUGUGGUUCUGGUGUCGGCCGGGUUUGAUGCUGCCGAGGGAAACCCCGCUCCUCUGGGGGGGUACAAGGUUUCCGCCAAAUGUUUUGGUUUCCUGACCCAUCAGCUGAUGUCUCUGGCCGGCGGGCGUCUGAUUUUAGCUCUGGAGGGGGGGCACGACCUCACAGCUAUCUGUGAUGCAUCUGAAGCCUGUGUUGGUGCUUUGCUGGGCAUGCAGGAUCCAAUGCCUGAAGAUGCUCUGCUCCAAAAACCCAACGCCAACGCAGUCCGGUCCCUCCAGACUGUCAUACAGAUACAAAGUCAGUUCUGGCAGAACGUGAAGGCGCACAGUGGAGCGGUGGGACUGUCACAGCUGGCGGCUCAGAGCAGAGACUGCGAGGAAACGGACGCCGUCAACGCUUUGGCGUCCCUCUCAGUGGGAGUCAUGUCCAACAAAAGCCUCCAGGAUGAGCCCAUGGAGCAUGACAGCAACCCCCUGUAGGACAAGAGCGAACACCUCGCCUCUCUAGACCGUCUGCAGCUCGGGGCGUCCUGCGCCACAUGACCAGGACGUUUUUGCCACGGAGCCCCCAGCUCGUAGCCUUCUUCAAACCCUUGUGAACCUGCCGUUUUAGCACCUCCAUCUUGGGAUCCCCCGGAUGAAGCCACCAGCACUGCCUGCAGCUGACAAACCUCCUGAAACCUCACCAACAGCAAUACAAGUUCACUUUACCAGACUUCUACCGUCUCCAUACUGACACGGGGCAGCCAGGGAGUGGGUGCUUUAGUGUGGAGCUCAGCGACGAUUCACCUGUGAACCACCAGCAGAUCCAGCCGCCUUAAUGUUUGCCUUACCGUACUGACUGAGCCCGGCCUUCCGGGCCGGCAGGCUCUACUUCCUGCUUUAUUACAGAGCGGAAUCAAGUAUUAACCAAACAGGUGAAGCCCGCAGAUCACCAUGAAGAGGUGUCCACAACACAAAGAAAGAAAGCCAAUGACCAAGACUGAAGUCAUGACAUGCAGCGAAACCACUAAACAAAGACGACAAACGGCAAAAGACAGGAAGCAAAGACACACACUGUGCUUUUGCUGGAAACACAGACGGGACUCAGGUCCUCUCUUGUUCUAUUGCACUGUUCAUUCCAUAAUGUGAACCAUGAUGAAUUCCAAAACUCUGGGAUAAAAAAAGUUCUUCUUUGUAGAAUAUUUAAUAGUUUCUUUUUUAGAAGAUUUGUCUGCUAUAUUUUUCUCCUCUCUUUGGACCAGAAUACUGUAGAGCUGUUUCCUAAGAAUGACAUCUGCAAAGUAGACUAGAUUGAAAGUGUAUUCACUGCUGUUCAUUGUCUUAUUUUGUCUUCAUACACAUAUUAAAACAAAGCAUUGAAUAAUG